AUAAAAAUACACCAUACGUCUAUAUAUUCACAUGCAUACGAUACAACUUUAAUCUCCCUACUAAUCGCUCCCAAUCUCCUUAUCAUUAGAUUAAUUUGAAUUGAUCAUGGGAGCUCAAGCAGAGAAAUGGGUGUUGAUGGUGACUGCGAGAACGCCGACGAACAUAGCUGUGAUCAAGUACUGGGGGAAAAGGGACGAGAAGUUGAUUUUGCCGAUUAAUGAUAGUAUUAGUGUUACUCUCGAUCCGAAUCACCUCUGUACAACCACCACCGUUUCUGUGAGCCCUAGCUUUGUUGAAGAUCGCAUGUGGCUCAACGGCAAGGAGAUAUCACUUCAAGGAGGUAGAUUCCAAAGUUGUUUAAGAGAAAUCCGAGCUCGUGCUAAUGAUGUAGAAGAUGAGAAGAGAGGUAUCAAAAUCAACAAGGAAGAUUGGCAGAAACUUCACCUGCACAUUGCUUCAUAUAACAACUUCCCAACUGCAGCUGGUCUUGCUUCCUCAGCUGCUGGUCUUGCUUGUUUAGUAUUUUCCCUUGCCAAAUUGAUGAACCUGAAAGAAGAUAACAGUCAACUUUCUGCUAUUGCCAGGCAAGGUUCAGGUAGUGCUUGUCGCAGUUUAUAUGGUGGAUUUGUGAAGUGGAUCAUGGGAAAAGAGGAAAAUGGAAGUGAUAGUCUUGCUGUUCAACUUGCAGAUGAGAAACAUUGGGACGAACUCGUAAUUAUCAUUGCUGUGGUAAGUGCACGACAAAAAGAAACAAGUAGCACAUCCGGAAUGCGUGAUACCGUUGAAACAAGUGCACUUAUACAACAUAGAGCAAAGGAAGUUGUACCGAAGCGCAUAAUCGAAAUGGAAAACGCGAUACAAAACCGUGAUUUUGCAUCUUUUGCACGUUUAGCGUGUACAGACAGUAAUCAGUUUCAUGCUGUUUGUUUGGACACGUAUCCCCCUAUAUUCUACAUGAACGACACUUCCCACAGAAUAAUCAGUUGUGUUGAGAAAUGGAAUCGUGCAGAAGAGACACCUCAGGUGGCGUACACGUUUGAUGCGGGGCCAAAUGCGGUUAUGAUAGCACGUGACAGGAAAACCGCUGCCCUUCUACUACAAAGGCUGCUUUACAACUUCCCUCCACAACCCGAUACCGAUUUAGACAGGUAUGUGAUCGGGGACAAGUCAAUACUAAAAGAUGCGGGAAUUAAGGAUAUGAAGGAUGUAGAAGCAUUGGUGGGUCCCCCUGAAACAAAAGGUAACAUUGUGGGAGAGAAAUCAAAGGGCGAUGUCAGCUACUUUAUCUGUACAAGACCCGGAGGUGGUCCCGUUGUUCUUUCUGAUGAAACUCAAGCCCUACUUGACCCACUCACUGGCUUGCCAAAGUGAAAAAGCAAUUUGAAUUUUUUUUUUUUUUUUUUUAGAUUUGUGAAUCAAAAGGAUGGUGUAAUGACACCUUUUGUUUGUAUUUUAGUGUUUCAUUGAUGUA